UCAUACAGUAACUUGACAAACGGCAGUAGAGUAAUCGAAGAGGACAGUUUUGAUUGCAGCUAUAAUUUACGAAUGUGCAUCGUGAUUAGAAGUGAACCGCCUGUAUUGCGAUUACGACUGCAGAAACCACGCAAUGGCAAAAAGGUACAAUGGACGAACGGAACCGUGGAUAAUGAACACAUGAACAAAAAGAAAUCUAAAUGCUGCUGUAUUUACGUAAAACCGCGUGCCUUCGGUGAAAGCUCGUCAGAGAGUGAGGACGAGUGUGAGCACUGUUUCGGGCACGUUGAGCUGAAGAAGAAAAAUCAAAAACCCCCUCGGAUGCCUGCGAAACGGAGCGACGGUGAUGACGAUGAUGAGAACACGAACAAUUCCGAUGACGUCGAUGGGCCGUCAGAUGCUGCGAGAGGAUGCAGUUCCGGAGAACCAUCGGCAAAAUCCGCCGGAGAAUAGAAUUGUACACGUUUGGCUAGAAAAAGUUGAUUUUCAUUCGAUAAUGGUUUGGUUGCUUUUGACACUUAUUACAAAAAAUUAAGCAAGGACGCUACGUUUUUUCACUAUCCAAUUGCAGCAGAACAGAAGGUUACAUUACGUUUCGGAGCAUAUUUGUACAUAAACUUAUUGUUAAUAUAUUUACCUGUAUGUAGUA